AUGACAAUACAAGCAUCUAAUUUCGAAAUUAGGACGGACGUAGUAGGACUAGCUACAAGGAUAGCGAGCGAUGAACCGUUGGUAACUCCAAAAAUAUUGCCUCAACUUGAAGCGGUUUUGCGUAAACUCAAAGACAAAUCAUCAGACAACUGGGACAGCGUUCGAGGGCAGUUUUCUGUCGACAAGUCUCUGAGCGGCGGUCACUUAUUGCCAAUUACAAACGUAUCAAUCGACAAACACGGAGACAUGUGAGUAUUCAAUUGAUGAACCACUUAAAAACUAAUGGAUCGGUGAUAUUCUGAACGAAUAUUUAGCGUGGUCCCAAAAAUCAACUUUAAUUAUUAUAUAAUUAUUCGAUUUAAAAGUAAAUAUGUGCUAAUGGCCCAUCGAGUUUAAUAUACUCAUACUCAUAAGUCUGCCCCCCCCCCCCAAAGAAAAAAGGAAUAGUUCUUUUGUAAUAGGCCUUGCCAAAUGUCCAUUACCAAUAAUCAAUAUAUGACUAAUGCGUGUGCGUGAAUAAUUUUUUAAAACGCACAAAGAUGCGCCACCGGAAGCUACGAUCGGACAUGCAAGAUUUGGAACACGAGGACGGGCACAAUGAACGUGACGUUGGCGGGACACGAGGACGCCGUGUACACCAUGUCAUUGGCCAUCCCUGAAAGGCUAGUUCCGUUUGCACACAUUAGGUUGAACGAGGUCGGGUAAAGCAUUACCCAACCUGACCUAACCUGACGGUAUAUGAAGUUAACCGUCUGAACACAAUUUUUCUAGAGUGCUGACCGGAUCGUUUGACAAGACUGCGCGUUGGUGGUCACUACGGGAAGACGACGGCGGAGAGUGCUUGUGUGUGAUGCGUGGACACACGGCCCAAAUUGUCGCCGUGGAUGUUACCAGACCCGGACAGAUGGUAGCCACGUCGUCCAUUGACCGAACUACCAGACUGUUUAGCGCCGCAACGGGUAUGUCAAGAUAUUAUUAUUUGUAAAUCUGCGGCAUUAAUCAUGAUGGUAAAUAGGCUCAAAUAGGGAUUAAACUAAAUCCAAAAAUAGUGGAACACUCAAACUUCAGUUUUAUUUCAAAUUGGUAAAAAUCUCUAUAGAGUUGGGGGAAAGGGUGGAUUUAUUUUUUGUCUAGAUAAAAUUGAUACUUAGAUCCUGGAAAUUACAUAGGUAGGUACCUAUUUAUUUCUUUAUUUAUUCAAAUAUACUGAUAGACAGUCCUAUUACAAAUUAGCAAAAUCUAAGUUAACUAUAAAGUUGAUAUAACAGAAAUACAAAUAAAGGAAAAAAGUUUAAGAUAAAGACUGCCAAGUAUAUUCAAAAAUACAUUUAUUACCUGUUGUUAUUAAAAAGUUAACCGGCGAGUUGAAUAUAUAAUAAUAUAAUAUAUAUUUUUUAUUGGUAAAAAACUGAUAGAAAGGUUUUAGAUUUCUUAUAUUUAGGGAAUUAAUUUUAAAGUGAAUAAGAGAGGGCAUUUCAGGUCAAUCAAUAGUCCUUAGUACUAAAUUAUCUAGGAAUCAUGAACGCAGGGAUGAACACCUGUUAAUAAGUGGAGAUAAAGUAAAAAAGUUAAGAACAUUUUGGUAUGACCAGUGGGUUGAUCUAAGAAUGUUAAAUUUGAAGGAUACAAAGUGUAAAAAACUUAUUCUGCAGAUUCUUGUUGUUUAAAAACAAAAUAUUCUCAGGACAAAAUUUGGCUACGCUAAGUGAACAUACCGGAGAAGUGGUAGCCAAUCAGUUUGACAAUAGUGGAUCAACUGUGAUUACCGGAUCUUUUGACAGUACUGUGAAAAUUUGGGAUACUCGAACUGCUAGGUAAGUAGGUGGUGGAUUAACGAUUCUUGAAUAAUUCAACGAAUAUUAUUCGUUUAGAUGUAUUGCUACAUUAUUUGGUCAUACGGCAGAAUUGAGUGUUUGUUGCUACGAUUUUGGUUGUCAUAUGAUUGCCAGUGGUUCGUUGGACUGUACAGCCAAAUUGUGGGAUGUACGAAGAACUGAUUGUUGUCGAGAUACUAUUGGUGGCCAUACAGACGAGGUUCUGAAAUUCAACCUUGUAUUAUUAGUAUUAUAAAAUCAAGACAUUUAGAUAUCAUAAUAAUGUGUUUUAACAUGUUUUAGGUUCUGGAUGUUAGUUUUGAUUCAGUUGGUCGUCGAUUAGCCACAGCAAGUAGUGAUAAUAGUGCAUGUAUCUGGGACGUUAACAGUGGUGACUUGAUUACCGCAAUGAUUGGACAUACUGAUGAAGUGUCUAAAGUAUUUAACUAAAUAUAAUUAAAAAGAGAUAAUUGCAUGCUAUAAUUUUAGGUGGUUUGGGAACCAGCUGGACAUCACUUGCUUACCACAUCACAAGAUCAUAUCUCUAUGUUUUGGAACACAGAAACUGGAGAAUGUUUACAAGAACUAAAGGGGCAUAAAGAUCAUGUUUUCUCAGCUGAAAUAAGCUAUUUAGGAGAUACAAUUUUGACUGCUUCUAAAGAUAACACUUGUGUUAUCUGGCGACAAUCCAAUUCAAAAAUAAAUUGA